AUGGCACUUUUUGCAACAAGAACCCGUACUGCGGUGUUCAGGUCAUUCCUCCAGCCCUGCGCUGUUCGGACCAUCACAUCUCGUGCAACUUCCUAUACACUCAACACUGGGGCGAAAAUUCCAGCACUUGGAUUCGGAACAUUCCAGGAUCCAGACUCCCAGGAAGAGACCGUCAGCAGAGCCCUACAAAAGGGAAUGCGUCUGAUCGAUACCGCCCGUGUCUAUAACGUCGAAGAGCAAGUCGGAAGAGGAAUCAAGAGAAGUGGAGUUCUUCGCGAAGAGAUAUUCAUCGGCACAAAGUUGUGGUGCAAUGAUUAUCACCCCGACGACGUGGAGCGGGCCUUGGAUGACUCGCUACGAGAUUUGGACACCCCGUAUGUGGACCUCUUGUUGAUGCAUUACCCAUGUACCUUCAAGCGUGGCCCUGAUAGAUUCCCUCGGGACGCCCAGGGGAGGAUGAUCCACGGCAAGACUUCCUUUGUGGAUACCUGGAAGACGAUGGAAAAGUUGACCAAAUCUGGCAAAGUCAAGGCUAUUGGUGUUUCGAAUUUCAGUCAAGGGGAAAUUGAAGCUUUGAUUCAAAACACUUCUACGAUUCCUGCCGUUCACCAAAUGGAAGUCCACCCCUAUCUACAGCAAAAAGGGUUCACUCAGUGGUUGAAAGGAAAGGGAAUCCACGUGGUACAGUUCAGUCCGCUAGGCAACAUGAAUGACUUCUACCGACAAACUGGCUGGUCCAAGGAGAUUGCACAUAUGAUGCGGGUCAUUGACCAGCCGAUUCUGAAAGAAAUCGGCGAAAAGUAUGGCAAAAGCCCGGUGCAGGUGGUCCUUGCAUGGGGCAUUAAUAGUGGCCGAUCUGUCAUUCCAAAGAGUGUUGUUGAUUGGCAGAUUUCGCAAAAUAUUGAAGCCGAUUUUGAGCUGCAGCCAGAGGAUAUGGCCCAGAUCGGUACUUUGGAUGCAAAGGCUCGCUUCAAUGACCCCAGUUUGGACUAUGAGUGGCGUUUGUACAGUGACUUGGAGGGAACUGACGGGACUGUUAGAGGGAAGACGCACUAA